AUGAUCUACCGACAAUGGAUCGACAACCUACUGACACAAGGCAAACUCAAACAGCUUAACCAACGACCGAACUUCACACUACCAGUUAGGAUAGUGAAUGAACGCGUGACCCACGACUGCAGACCACUACUACCUUUCAUUACCACUGACGGCCGAUUCCCCAACGUACAGAGUUGUUGGCCAAUCGUCGCAUGGGCCGCGCAGCAACCAUACCUGGCUAAGAUAGACCUGACCAAAGCCUUUCACUCGAUACCACUGGCGCAAGACCAGAUCGGAGCGUACGCAUUCGAACUAGACGGCAAGUACUAUGCCUAUACAACCAUGCCGAUGGGCGCUACUAACGCACCACGACACUUCCACCACGUCAUGGGGAAGAUACUCAGCCAUCUGCCGUUCGCCAGCGAGAUACGCUACUACCAAGAUGAUAUAUUCAUCUCCGCCACCGACCAACGACAACUCAAAUACCGAUACGAACAGGCUAUCAAAUACCUCAACAACUGCCACUUUCAAAUCAAUCAUACCAAAUCGCAACUCAAUCAAACAACCUACCGCUGA